CGCAGAUAAGGAGGGAGGCAACUGGAUUAACCGAGUCAAUAAAAGCCUGAGUGUGCCUCCACCUCCACAUCCUGCCUAAACCUGCACCACCCACCUGAAUGCUCCAACAGCUGCUUUGGCUAUUUAUUUUUUUCAGAUCAUAAAACGCCACCCCCCCACACCUCAUCACAAUGCCUCACCGCCUCUGCUCUGUUGAGAUCAACAACAACUCUGGCUGCUACACGCUCUCCAACCCAAGGGUGUUCACAGAGAGCGGCUGCUGUGAAGUCCCUAUGCCCCCCAUGGUGGGCCCCUGCUCUGCUUCCAGUGGCUUGUUCAACAAGAGCACCGGCGCUGCGACGGGGGCCGUGGGGGUCUUCACCUACGACCUCUACAACCCCGACCUGAACGACUACAGCCACGUCAUGGCCGUCAUGUUCUCCGUGCCCUACGACCGCAUGAUGUACUCCAACUGGUUCGCCGUGGGGAUCUUUGAGAGGGGGAACGACUGUGACUACAACCUUUAUGAUAUGAUGUAUAAUGGAAGUGAAAAUAAUUUCGUAAGGGCAAAGGCUGACGGCUCGGGCAUUUCUUAUCAGGGGGAUUAUGUGAUUGUCAGCGCCUCCAUGUCAGACUCAGGAGAGGCGGUCCUGAGGGUGGACCUCAGUGACACAGGCAUGUAUUAGGACAAGGAGAAACCCUUCUGCUAUGUGUGCUAUAUACCAUGAUCAUUUCGGUCAAAUAUGUGAAUAUGUGUGAAAUUCAAUCAACUGACAAAGACGUGCUAAUUAUUCACUAUACUUAAAAUAUAAGUACACAUGAUUGUACACUAUAUUUUGGAUAUUUUAGUUGAUGCCUAAUUACAAAUAAAAAUACUUUGUCCAUCAAA